AUGAAUAUUAUUAACUACCUUUACAAUAAGAGCAAGAGCAUAUACAACCGAAACAUUAGUGCGUACAAUUACAACAAUAUAGAGAAUGAAAAUCUGAUUAGUAAUUUUGUCGACAUCAGUAAUGGGUACAGCAACCAUAGCUGCUCGUCCAAGUCAUCCUCGCGGACGUUGAUUCUGGGUGAGAGGAAUGUGCGCACGGGGCGCAAGAAGAAAGGCUGGGAGGAGCGUCCCGCCGGGGUGAGAGCGAUUGGGCCGGCAGCGACAACUUCUCCCACGACUGGCCCGCAGAGUGUGAUGACAGCGCACAGGGACGGGAUGGACAAGGGGGAAAACAUCGCCAGCAGGAAAGACGACCAGGGGAAGAAGAACCAAAAUUACGAAUUUAACGUUCACAAUAUCGGUUUCGACGCAAAGGUAUACAAAAACAGAUGUGAUGGUGUCUGUGUCAUCAAUGACAACAUAUACAUUUUCGAUAAAAUAAAAAAAUGUAUAUAUUUGUAUACCCCAUAUAAUAACGUGUGGUACAUAUUUCUGAACAUAUGUGAAGAACUGUCCGUGAAUAAAAAUGAGGACUUGGAGUUGACCAAUUUUUAUCUGAACAGACCGGAAGAAACUAUGGAAGGAAGCUUCAAUCACCUGAGCAAUAUUUCUUUUAUGAAUUACACAGAUGUGGUUUACCUGAAUGGUUGUAUUUUUAUAAUCAGUAGUAACUGUCAUUUUAUGAAUUUCUGUAAAGUGAAUAUGCUAAAUAUGAAUACUCUGUUUGGUACCAUUGUGGUAGAAUCCGCGCAGAAUAACUUCUCUGAUUUUGCGCAUCUGUUGCGGAUGUUGAGGGGGGGUGAGACGGAGCGCAGGGAGCAGGGGAAUGCUCAUGACGAUGAGAUUGACCCCAUGGGGGAGUCCUCCAGUUGUGAUGCCAAGGCGGGCGAGUCCUCUCCCCUGCAAGGAGCGGAAAGCGGGCAGAAGGGGACGAAAUGUAACGUUUCAUGUGUGGAGCAAACAAUCCGUAGUGAUGAAGCGGGUCUUGUGGAGCGGGCACACAUCCAAGAUGGCCCCCAUGAAAGUAGCGAUCGUCACCGUCAAAGCAGAGAUGGAGACUGUCGGCGCAUCGAUGGCGAUCCCCAAAGCCGACGCAGUUGUGGCAGCCAUGAUAGCCACUGCGACGAGUACGUCAGCGGAAUUUGCGAAUUUUCCCGAUUUUCCGAAUUUUCCGAACUUUCCGAGCUUUCUGAGCUUUCCGAAUUGUGCGAAUUUUCUGAGCUGUUUCCGAACGAAGAGAAAAAUCUUUUUAAAAAAAUGAAGAGGUUGAUAAAGGCUCGAGAUUUCUUCUCCAUCUGCAGUGUCAACGAGAGCUGUUACUCCUUGAUUUACCUUUUUGGGGGUAAAGGAAGCACCGUCAAAAGGGCCAAUGAAUAUGUGGACAUCAUUUACAACGAUCUGUACGUUUACGAUUUUUGCCGAAACCGGUGGAUGGAGUUGUACCAGUACAGGAAUGACGGCGGGGGGGGUGCUCAUGGGGAGGGGGAAAACGGAGAGCACACGUGUCAGGAUAAUUCUCUUUUACGUACCCACUUACACGAGUCCAUCGCGAAGAAAAGCCAUAACGACAACAUUUUCUAUUUUAAACCGGGUGAUACUGUUUCCCCCGCUGGUAUACAGAACGAUCGUGCGCCUGAAAACGACACCAGAAAGGCAGAAGAAUGUUUUAACGACAGUUUUUUCCUACUGAACUCUAAUGAUGCGUUUAGCAAUGAUAACACGACACAGUCGGGUAAGGUUAAGAUGUACGGGGGAGCGGUAAAUCCGAUGGACAGCCUGCACUGCAAUGUAGGCACGGUUGAUAGCAUAGCCACUGUUGCUACGUCCACUGCGGAGAGGCAUAUCGACUCCUUUGGCCAUGCCAAGGGGGAAUCUUCUGAUAGGCAUCGGUUCAGUGGGGACGGAAAGGAAGUUGCAAAGAAAGAGCAGAAAGAGGAGGAACAGGAGGAACACGCGGAAGACACUUGUUCAGAUCUGUACAGCCUCAUUUUUGACACUCGUGAAGAAGCCACGGAUGAGAAAGCUAAAAAUGCAGAGUGCGAAGGUGCAGAGUGUGAAGGUCUGCACCGUCAGAGCACACCCGUGAAGGAGGGCCCCCAACAGACACGCACGAACUUCUACCACGAGCGUAAUGACCCCCCCUGUAAAGAUUGCGUCCAGGGGAAGAAAUGCACAUAUAUCUGCGACCUAAUAGCGAACGGAGUGAAGAUAAGAAGCCUCCACUGGCUUGGAAAAAGAGCAGGGCAUUCCUGCACGUAUUAUAAAAACAACCUGUAUAUAUUUGGAGGCAUCAGUUACUACAGCUUUAAUAGGAACAAAAUAAACCUGAAAUUUUGCGACAAUCUAUUUUUGUACAAUAUCCAAUCCAAUAAGUGUUUCGAAGUCAUGGCGAAAGGAAGCAUACCGGAGAAGAGAUACCGACAUGGAUGUGUCAUCAUUAAUGAUUAUAUGUUCGUAAUUGGUGGAGAAUGCAAAAGUUCCUCUUUACCAAGGAACGAUUUAUUUUUUUACAAUUUUAAAACCUCUGUGUGGACAGAAGUUGUUAUUAACUCCAAGGUGGGCUCUCACUCGCUGUACAAAACGGUGUGGCUGGAAAACUUCGGUUCCAUAUACAUGUUCGGCUCGUCCAUUCUGCGCCUCACGAAGAAGAAUUUCCAGUACACUCCCUCGUACAAGAAUAACCAGAAGAGGGUGGAGAACCGGCGCUUCUGA